UUGAAAAAGAAAACGCUAGCUCCGUCUUCAUCCGAUGACCGGUCUGUCAAUUGGCAAAAAAGAGAAACCCAAGGCGGUGAGUGACUCUACUCUACUCCAACAUCUGAAGUUCUCAACGGCCUUUUUCUCCCCUCUUUUCAAAGAAAUUCCCUCCCGAUCGACUCAAUUCGGACGAAGCCCACAAAGAACUAGAAGUUCACCCAGUAUAAUCUCAAAGGUCUCUCUCUCUCUCUCUCUCUCUCAAUUUUCCUAUUUUGCGGUGAUGUACACCACGUGUUGUUCUGAUGGUUGGAAAUUGUGAGAUGGCAAAACAAGCCAAUACCGUUUUCCUUGAAGAAUGGCUGAGAAGCAUUAGUGGCGGUAGCAGCAACAUCGGCUCUUCAUAUUCCUCUCCCUCAUCGGCCCGAGCUAUCAUUCAAGCUUGGGCUGAGCUUAGAGACUCCCUUCAACACCAAUCAUUUCGUCCCCAUCACCUCCAGUCUUUGAAAACCCUUCUCAACUCCCAAACGUCUCUUCAUGUGGCUGACCCGCAAGCUAAGAUUAUCCUUUCCAUUGUUUCCUCUGUAAACCUCUCUCUUCCGCCUGAAUCAUAUCCUUUCUUUCUAAGGCUUCUUUAUAUCUGGGUCAGGAAAUCCUUCAAACCCUCUCUGGUUCUAAUUGAUUCCACUGUGGAAAUCAUUUCUCAACUUUUCAAUGCUCAGUCUGAUUCCAUAAAGAGUCCACUCUUCUUCUCUGAGGGUGUUCUCCUUCUGGGUGCAUUAUCUUUGGUGCCUUCUGUGUCUGAAAGCUCUAAAACAGUCUGCUUGGAUAUGCUCUGUAGACUGUUGGGGGAGGAGUACCAGUUGAUUGGUUCAUCAGAAGAUCUUAUUUCUUAUAUCCUUGCGGGGAUGGGGUAUGCUCUAUCGUCUUCUGUGAAUGUUCAUUAUGUUAAGAUUUUAGAUUCUCUAUUGGGAAUUUGGGGGAGAAAAGGUGGGCCUCAUGGCAGUGUGUCUCAUGGGCUCAUGAUUUUGCAUUUGAUUGAAUGGGUGUUAUCUGGUUUGAUCAAUGCCUUUUCUUUUGAGAAAAUUAAUGUUUUUGGCCAUGAAGCUUUAGAGACUUCAAAGGCAAACUAUGUUCCGUUUGUUGUUGUCAUGGCUGCGGCUGGAGCAUUGAGGGCUCUCAAUAAAUCUACAAUGAGUGGUCUGGGAUUAGAGACUGUUUCCAGACUAAGGAUUUCUGCAGAGAAUCGGAUAGAAUCUGUUGUAAGAAAUAUUAUUUCCAGGAGUGGUGUUACUAAUUUAGGUAAUGAUCUCACCAACAGUUUUCUACUGCAGUGUUUUUCAUUAGCACUUGCUCGAAGUGGCUUCGUUUCUUAAGGCCCUCUGCUUAUAUGCCUUGCAUCUGCAUUGUUGACUGAAAUCUUUCCUUAAGACGUUUAUAUACUAAAUUACUUGACUUCCCACAUGCCAACUCAGUAAGACUGGGGCAUGAUGAGGUAAAAAAAACAUGUGGAUAGUGUUCCUUUUAAGGAAGCAGGGGCCAUAACUAGUGUUUUCUGCAAUCUGUAUGCUUCAGUAGAUGUAGAGAGCAAGUGUGUGGUGGAGAAUCUUCUAUGGGAUUACUGUCAAGAUAUCUACUUGGGACAUAGGCGGGCAGCUUUGUUGCUUCGAGGUAGAGAGGAUGAACUACUUCGGGAUAUGGAGAAAAUUGCUGAAUCUGCUUUCCUUAUGGUUGUACUUUUUGCAUUGGCUGUCACAAAAUACAAAUUAAAUACAAAAUUCAGCCAUGAAACACACAAGGACAUAUCAGUACGCAUAUUAGUUUCAUUUUCUUGUCUAGAGUACUUCCGCCGCAUUCGUUUACCAGAGUAUAUGGAUACAAUUCGAGGGGUUGUAGGGAGUGUUCAGGAGAACGAAUCUGCUAUAGUCUCUUUUGUGGAAUCUAUGCCUUCUUACAUGGAUUUGACAAAUGGACCAGAUUUCUGCUCCUCUCAAAAGAUGGAAUAUGUAUGGUACAAGGAUGGUGUGCAAACUGCUCGCAUAUUGUUUUACCUACGUGUCAUUCCAACUUGCAUUGAACGUGUGCCUAUUUUUGUACUUAGGAAGGUGGUAGCUCCAACUAUGUUUCUACAUAUGGGACAUCCAAAUGGAAAAGUAGCUAGAGCAUCACAUUCCAUGUUUUCAGCAUUCAUAUCUUCAGGGAAGGAUUCUGAUCAGGAUGAAAGAGUAUCAUUAAAGGAGCAGCUUGCUUUCUAUUACAUGCAGAGAUCUUUAUCGGGAUAUCCCGGCAUCACUCCUUUUGAGGGUAUGGCUUCAGGAGUUGCAGCCUUGGUUCAUUAUCUUCCUGCUGGAAGUCCAGCCAUUUUUUAUUGCGUCCACAGUCUUGUGGAAAAAGCCAACACACUAUGCGGUGACAUCUUCUCUCAAGAGGCCGGUAUGGGGAAGAAUUGGCAUGGAGAGUCAGAGCCUUGCAAGAAAAUUCUAGACUUGCUUCUACGGCUUAUUUCCCUUGUUGAUAUACAGGUGCUACCACACUUGAUGAAGUUGUUGGCACAGCUGGUCGUCCAGCUACCCAAAGAUGGCCAGAAUAUGGUUCUCAAUGAGCUAUAUUCACAGGUUGCAGAAUCUGACGAUGUCACACGCAAACCCAGCUUAGUUUCAUGGCUGCAGUCACUGUCCUACCUUUGUGCUCAAGCUGCAAGUGGAAGUGCCACCUACAAAGGGAUGGAAAGAGUAAAUAUGACUUCCGCACAAAGUACAGACUCAUUAAGCCUGACUAAACUAAAUGCACGACUCUGAGGCAUUGACUUUGCACCUAAUUGGUUUCUUGUCCGCAGUCCUCUCUUGGUCUAUGAUCUAGUUACUUGGGUCUCACCUUGAAGUCUGUCACAGUACCUAUUUGCUGCAGGAACUGGUACAACAUCAAUGACACUGGAAUUGGGAAUGCGAGGGCUACUCGAAAAUCCUGGAAUCAUGGCAGAAGUUCAACAAGAGGUCUAGAAAGUAGAAUCAGAUACAAGAUUAAUAGGCGAUUGCCUUUGUCUUUUAGAACUGUAGCAAAUGCAGAUGAAUGCGGUUAUGUAGUCUCAAACAAUGCGCAUGGGAAAACCCCCACUCUUUUGUUCCCAAUGGGUUUCUUUCAGGGCUUGGAUUUUCUUUCUUUUGAGUUGGUUCCAUUUAGCGUGGGCUAGUGAUUCUGCCCUGGUUUCCCAUUAUCAGUUGAUGCAUGGUAUAAUUACUCUAUCGUUAUGUUUUUCAUCCAAAUUUAUUUUGUUCUUCAAUA